GCCUCACCAAGAACGGCGCUGAGGCUGAGUGCCACGUCACCACGCGCGUGCGUCCAUGGCCACCGCUUCGUCAGCCGGUCGUGCACGACGACGAGAUGAGAGGAGAUGAGACGAGUUCCCUCCUCUUCAUCCAUCCAUGGCCGCCUAGCUUAGAGGCUCACCAUCGUCACACUGGCUCACUGCUGCAUUCCGCAUUCCUCGCUCGCUCACCUCACCUCACCUCACUCACCUACAUCGCCGGAUCGAUCGCACCGUCGCCGGCGGCCAACGAGAUGCUUCGCGCCGCCGCCCGCGCGCUCACCGUCAGCUCCCUCAACCCAAAGGUGCUCGCGCUGGCGGAUCACCACCUCGGCGGACUCGUCGCCCGCCGCGCGCAGAGCAUGCAACAAGAGCUAGACGCUAAUCCAGCUUCACAUCCUUUCAGUGAGAUCAUCUAUUGCAACCACAGCAACCCACAGUCCCAAGGGCAGCAACCAAACAAGUUCUUCCGGGAGGUUCUUGCAUUGUGUAAUCAUCCCCAUCUCCUAGACCGGAGUGAGGCCAGCUUCAUGUUCAGCUCUGAUGCGAUAACGAGGGCACGGGAGAUUGUAGGCUUCAUUCCUGGAAAAACAACUGGAGGAUACAGUCACUGUCAGGGUAUUGAAGGGUUGCGUGAUGCAAUUGCUGCUGGAAUAGCUUCUCGCGAUGGUUUACCGUCGUAUUCGGAGGACAUUUUCCUGACAGAUGGAGCAGCUGCACCGGUUCAUAUGAUGAUGCACUUGUUGAUACGUGGCAAGAAGGACGGCAUCCUUUGCCCAAUUCCAUCACACUCUUUGUACACAGAUUCUAUGGUUCUUCGUGGCGCAACUCUUGUACCGUAUUACCUUGAUGAAUCCAGAGGUUGGAGUGUGAACAUUUCAGAUCUGAAGAAACAGUUGGAUGGUGCCCGGGCAAAGGGCAUUGAUGUGAGGGGACUUGUGGUGGUAAAUCCGGGAAACCCUACUGGGCAGGUUCUUGUGGAGGAAAACCAGUGUGAAAUAGUGGAGCUCUGCAAGAAUGAAUGCCUUGUUCUCCUAGCAGAUGAGGUUUACCAAGAAAACAUUUACACGGAUCAGAAGAAAUUUAACUCCUUCAAGAAGGUAGCACGGUCCAUAGGCUAUGGGGAAGGGGAUAUAUCUUUAGUAUCAUUCCACUCAGUAUCUAAUGGAUACUACGGAGAAUGCGGGAGAAGAGGGGGUUACAUGGAGGUCACUGGCUUCAGCUCGGAAGUAAGGGGAGAAGUAUACAAAGUUGCAUCCCUAAGCGCAUGCUCCAACAUAUCUGGCCAGAUCCUUAUGAGCCUAGUCAUGAACCCACCAAAGGUUGGAGAUGAGUCAUACCCCUCUUAUCGUGCAGAAAGAGACAGCAUACUAUCAUCUUUGUCUUGCUGUGCAGAGGCCAUGGUGUCCACAUUCAACAGCAUGGAAGGGAUGACUUGCAACAAGGCUGAAGGUGGAAUAUCUGUGUUCCCUAGUGUUCGGCUGCCGCCACGGGCAAUUGAAGCUGCUGAGGCGAUGAACACAGAGCCGGAUGUGUUCUAUGCUCUCCGUCUUCUCGAAAGCACUGGGAUUGUUGUUGUGCCUGGCUCAGUGUUUGGACAAGUACCUGGAACAUGGCAUUUCAGAUGCACAAUUCUGCCACAGGAAGAGAAGACACGGCAGAUUAUCUCCCGCUUUAAUGUGUUCCAUGAAGCAUUUAUGGAAGAAUUCCGCAGCUAAAAGGCGCAAACAUUCUUUUUCCAUAUGUAGUAUAACUCUAUGUACUUUCUAUGACUGAUAAGUGAUAAGUGAUAAGUGUGAGAUUUCUACCUG